AUGGCGGCCGCGGCGCCAGUUGCGCGGCCCGCGCCGGCGGCGAAGCCGGCGUUGGCGCGGGCGGCGAAGCCGGCGGGCACGAGGCACCCCACGAGGAUCCAAUCGGCACCUUCGCGCGAGAGGCUGCUGCAGGCUGUGGUGGCCUGCUGUGUGGCCAGAGGCGCGCUCUCCCAAAGCUCCGCCCGGCGGCCGCAGACGCCGCGCGCGGCGACGGCGCGGGCCCCGGAGGCAGCAGCUUCGCGCCCGGGCGGCGCCGUGUGCCGCGCGCGGCUUCUGCGGGCGGCCGGGGCCGGUGCCUUGCCCGUCCUUGCGGAUGACUGCCAGGCCGCACAGGCCGCAGGCGCGCUGCGCGGCCGCUUCGCGGUGGUCACCGGCGCCCAGCGGGGCAUCGGCAAAGGCGUGGCGCUGGGCCUCGGGGAGCGACAGGCCACGGUGUUCCUCACCGGGCGCAAGAGGAGCGCGCUGGAGGCGGCGGCGGAGCUGGUGACGCGCGCCGGGGGCAAAGGAGUGCCUGUGGUGUGCGACCACAGUGACGACGCGCAGGUGGCGCGCGCCUUUGAGGAGAUCGGCAAAGCGAGCGGCGGGAAGCUGGAUAUCCUGGUGAACAACGCCUUCAAGAGUCCGGCCUCCAACAACCCUGAGGUGGACGCCGCCUUGUCGCGGGGCGCCAAGUUCUACGAGCUGCCGCUCUCGGUCUGGGACAACAUGCACGACGUGGGCCUGCGCUCCCACUACGUGUCUUCCUACUAUGCCGCGCCCCUACUGCUGGCUGCAGCUCGAGGUGAGGUUUCCAGGAGGCCACUGCUGUGCGCGACCUCCUCCUUUGGUGGUGUCUCCUACCUCUUCACGACGGCCUAUGGCGUCGGCAAAGCGGCCAGCGACAGGCUCAUCCGGGACCUCCAAGUGGAGCUGGGGCCCUUGGGCAUCGACUGCGUGCGUGGCACUCGGGUGCUGGGUGAGGUGGCAUGGCCGGGCACAGGAUGGCCCCACAACAUGGCCUCGGUGUUCCUGUUGGAGGCCUUACUAGAACGAACCCAGAAGUUCGCCAAGUCAAUCGAGGCUGUGCCCUUGCCCUGCCGAGGCCCAAGCCGAAGACCGCGCUGCGCCGCGCGCGCGUCGGCGACGUCGGCGGCGUCGGCGACGUCGGCUGCGGCGCCCCUGGCGCAGUGGGCCGCGCUGGGGGCUCGGCGCUAUGAGGCCCAGGUGUGCCCAGAAGACCUGGCGCAAGCCCAGCAGCGCUUCCGGCGCCGGGGGGUGGUCUACCUCAUGCACCUGCUCCCCGUGGUAUUUGAGCAGCUGCCCACCAAAAGCUCGGCCAGGGCGGCGAUCCGGCAGGGCAAGGUCUGGGUGAACGGCGCCCAGGUCACCGCCAGCGAUGCCUUGGCGGCACAGCCAGGCGACCGGCUGAGUAUCGAGCAGGGCGUGGCGCUCGAGGUUCCAGAGGACAUCGAGAAGCGCUUGAGCAAUUGGAACAGCCUGCGGAGCAGCAGGGAGGAGGCGCAGAUCCGGCUGCUGCACUGGGAGCCCAACUUUGGCUGGGCGGUGGUGAACAAGCCGGCGGGCUUGGACUCCACGCCCUGGGCGGGCAGCCACCAGAAGAAGCGGCUCACCUUCCAGUCCUAUCUGCCCGCGCUGGUGGCUCCGCCCCGGGAAGGCACGCCGUGCUGUGGGGGGCCUCGGGCAGUGCACCGCCUGGACUUCCGCGUGGCGGGGCCGCUGAUCGUCGGCAGCUCGGUGGAGGCCGUGCGCCGCCUGAAGCGCCUCUUCAAGGAGCAGCGGGUGCACAAGGAGUACCGCGCCAUCUGUUGCGGCCACGUGGGCGUGGCGGGGGCCCGCUUCGCCAUCGAUGAGCCCUUGGACGGCAAGGCAGCGCACACGGAUGUGGAGGUAAUGAAGGUGGCGCCCUGUCCUCACUGGGGUGCCAUUAGCAUGCUGCGGCUGUGGCCCAAGACCGGGCGCCGGCGCCAGCUGCGGCGGCACCUGGCGCAGCUUGGGGCACCCAUUGUCAACGAGGAGCCUUUGGCGCUUGGGCGCUGA